GAGAACAUUUUUCUCUUGAUAUCCUACCGCAAUCGGCGCUGAGGUCCCAAGAUAGCACAAAGAGGCAUCAUCGAUCUCUUGCUUCCGACUUCCAUCAUGUCCCACACCGUCGACAUCCCGCAGGACAUCCGCGCCUCCCUCCGCAAAUUCCGCUUCGCCCGCCGCAGCGAAGGGAGCGCGGCCCUCGUCAUCAAGAUCAACAAGGCGAAGCUCGUCAUGGAGGAGGUGGAGCAGUUCGACAACAUCAGUAUCGAGGAGCUGGCCGAGGAGCUCCCUGAGAACUCGCCGCGAUACGUUGUUCUCAGCUAUCAGUUGGACCACCCCGAUGGCCGGAAAUCGUUCCCGCUCGUCCUGCUAAACUGGGCGCCCACUUCAUCGGAGACAGGGAUGCUUACGCUCCACGCCAGUGCCCUGCUGGAUUUCCAGGCCACCGUGGAUGUAAGCAAAGUCAUAGAGAUUCGGGACGGGCCAGAAGGCCUCACCAAGGAGGUCGUGGACUCUAAACUGCUCACAAACUAAGACACAACUCGUCAACUACUGUGCUGAUAAA